GAGGGGACCGCGGCGGGACACCCGGGCCCGGAGCCCGCGGCCAGCCACCGCAGCCGCCGCGCAGGGCCGCCACCACGGGGUGCGGGAUGAGCCUCACCCGGAAAAGGGGUUUCUACAAGCAGGACAUCAACAAGACCGCCUGGGAGCUGCCCAAGACCUACCUGGCGCCCGCGCACGUCGGCAGCGGGGCCUACGGAGCUGUGUGCUCGGCCAUCGACAAGCGGACAGGGGAGAAGGUGGCCAUCAAGAAGCUGAGCCGGCCCUUCCAGUCGGAGAUCUUCGCCAAGCGCGCUUACCGCGAGCUCCUUCUGCUAAAGCACAUGCACCAUGAAAACGUCAUUGGACUCCUGGAUGUCUUCACCCCUGCCUCUUCUCUUCGGAACUUCCAAGAUUUUUACCUGGUGAUGCCCUUCAUGCAGACGGAUCUGCAGAAGAUCAUGGGGAUGGAAUUCAGCGAGGAUAAGGUCCAGUACUUGGUGUACCAGAUGCUCAAAGGUCUAAAGUACAUCCACUCAGCUGGUGUCGUCCACAGGGACCUGAAGCCGGGCAACCUGGCAGUGAAUGAAGACUGUGAGCUGAAGAUCCUGGACUUUGGGCUGGCGCGGCAUGCAGACCCCGAGAUGACCGGCUAUGUGGUGACCCGCUGGUACAGGGCCCCUGAGGUGAUUCUCAGUUGGAUGCAUUACAACCAGACAGUGGACAUCUGGUCUGUUGGCUGCAUCAUGGCAGAAAUGCUGACCGGAAAGACGCUAUUCAAGGGGAAGGACUACCUGGACCAGCUGACCCAGAUCCUGAAAGUGACCGGGGUACCAGGGGCUGAGUUCGUGCAGAAGCUGAAAGACAAAGCGGCCAAAUCCUACAUCCAGUCGCUGCCCCAGAGCCCCAAGAAGGACUUCACCCAGCUCUUCCCACGUGCCAGCCCCCAAGCCGCGGACCUGCUGGACAAGAUGCUGGAGCUGGAUGUGGACAAGCGUCUGACCGCAGCUCAGGCACUGGCUCACCCCUUUUUCGAACCCUUCCGGGACCCCGAGGAGGAGACGGAGGCCCAGCAGCCAUUUGAUGAUGCCUUAGAACACGAGAAACUCACUGUGGAUGAAUGGAAACAGCACAUCUACAAAGAGGUCUUGAACUUCAGUCCCAUUGCCCGGAAGGACUCUCGGCGCCGCAGCGGCAUGAAGCUGCAAUAACUGUCCCUCCGCGGAGCGGGACGACUGUGACAGGACCACACUCUGCCUCAGGACCAAUAGUUUUUUGUCACUACUUAUGUCUCAGGGCUUAUGGGAAUGUAGCCUCCUGAGCAGACGGAAGUAUCUCGCAGCGGCCUAUCAGGCCCUGGGGAAGCAGAAUUCCAACCUGCUGGUUGGGGGUUGGG